CAACGUUGUAAACCCAAAGAGACAUUGCUUCACAAUAAACUUUUAGAUGAUACUACCUUUACUAAUAUGCAAGUAACUAAGGCCCAAAAAGAAAUCGAAGAUUCAGCACUACAUGUCAUCAUUGCUCCGCAAUACUCUGAAGAAGAG